UUUUGUGGUAUUCUCUUAUCUUACACAUCAGGGUAAGAGGAUACGGAACUAUGGAGGUUAUCAGAGAUAGAGUCAGAUUUGUUUUAUAGUGGAGUUUUACUCGAAAAGGAAUAAUAUUUUUAAAAGGUUGCUUUUUACUUUCUUUUUUUUUUUUUUUUUUUUUUACUUUGCAUCAUCCACAGUCGAAAAUGCCUGCCUCUGGGGUUUGGAUUAACGCAAUUUGGAUUUUACUUUUUGUCAUUUUCGAUGCGGCUUUUUCAAGCUAUUCUGAAGACCAGUGCAGCUGGAGAGGCAGUGGUUUGUCCCAGCAGCAGGGCAGCGUGGAGCAGAUCUCCCUCCACUGCUCUGAGGGCACACUGGACUGGCUGUAUCCCAAAGGGGCCCUGCGCCUCACCCUCUCACCCCGUCUGCCCUCUGUGGCGGUGGGGCCGGGUGGCAGCAGCUCGGGCCUCAUCACAGCCUGCGUCAAGCCCUCAGAGCAGUUCCACGGAGCCCAGCUGUACCUGGAGAGAGACGGGGUCCUGGAGCUCCUAGUAGGGGACCGCCUGGAGUCUUCUCCCCCACCGAGGGUUCGUUGCUUCAGCCGCCUGCCUGGACAGAGGGUGGCCCUGUUCCUGCAAGCUACACCUCAUCAGGACAUCAGUAGGAGGAUCGCCUCCUUCCGUUAUGAGCUGAGAGGGGACUGGACUGCUCGCCUGUCGCUGGACUCCAACCCCAUCAGCAGUGAAGAGGCCUGCAGACCCUGCAACAACACGGAGAUCCUGAUGGCUGUUUGCACCAGUGACUUUGUCGUACGAGGUAACAUCCGAUCAGUGGUGGAAGAUGACAACCUUCGAGCAGCGGUGAUCAAAGUCAGCGCCACCCGGGUGUUUCGCCAGAAGUAUGCCCUGUUCACCGGCAACAGUCGUCUGAGCAGCCGGGGUGAGAUCAGAACUUUACUGCAAUGUGGUGUUAAACCGGGGCCAGGAAGCUUUCUCUUCACCGGUCGGGUCCACUUCGGGGAGGCCUGGUUGGGCUGCGCUCCCCGCUACAAGGACUUCCAGCGGGCUUAUACGAUAGCUAAAGCAGCCCAGCAGAUACCCUGUGAACUUCCUGUAGACUGAGCGAAAAACUCUGCAGCUGCUUGUCUAUCACUCAUAGUUGAGGCCGCACCAAAAGCCAGGCCAAACUCAGCCCUAUUCCGCGUUUUGGAAGAAGCCAACUGUUGGCCGAUGCAGCCAUGGCGCCACUGACGUCUUCCCAAAGGUCUGAGGAGUGAAAUGGACUUUUCCCAACACCAUUUCAGUGCAAUAUGCAGUCACCGGGUCAGAAGGAACCUGGUGCAUGAGAGAUGUGGUUGAAAUGAAGAUUAUUAGCAUUUGGCAUCGGACGGUUUAAACACACAGUGAUGCCAUUAUGCAGGGUAGGAGGAAAUCUAUUGAAAAGCUUUCUAUUCGAGAUAAAUUAAGUCAAGCCAUUAAUUCAGGCCUACUGAGAGUCAUUGCUGUGAAACUCAGGAAAAUUUACUCAAAGUUCUAUAGAAAGCUUACUGCCUAUUAGUUGGUGUCCCAGUGAGGACACACACUUAAGGCACCAUUUGUUCAGGCCAUGGGAAAGUGAUGUUUUUAUGGAUACCCCUGUACUGGGGUCAUCCUCAGUAUUAUUAAGGAGAUUAUUACAAAAAACAGUCCUCAUAAAAUGAAAUGUUAAAAAAUAUAUAUUUGCACUGAUAAAAGAAAAGGGAAUGAUCUGGAAAGUGUGAUGCUGCAAGCACUGAAAACCAAAUAAAAAGCAACUAUAUGUAGCAUAGUGGAGAGACUGAGAAUUUUAAUAUAUGUACAGAUGUGAGCACAUACAGUAAUGAGACAAAGCUAAGGCUACCUGGGCAGCUUUUACAGCUCAAACUAGUGCUGAGAGCACUUUCAUAUGCUAGCCAACUCUGAGAUUUUUUUUCUGUAAGGAGAUGCAGGCUUUUAGGAGGCCUGUAUUACAGUACGUUUCAAUAGUUACGCAAUACUUCUGCAAAAUUGAACUAAUAGGACUGCAUUUGAAAUAUAAAAUUGUUAUUUUCUUAAAAAUAUGCUGGAGUGGAAUUGCAUCAGUGUUGCCAAAGCAGUUUUAAGUUUUGUUGUUGUUAUGCCAUUCACACAUUAUCACAAAAGAUAUUCACCUGUAUGUAAUUGGUUCAUAAAACUGAUGACAACAGCCGUUCACAACCGAAGUCCAGUGUUAUUCAAUUAUGGAGAUGCACCGAUAUGGAUGAAAAAAAAUCCUCAAACGGGCUUUUGGUGGAAAAAAUAGUUAUUACACUGGACAAGGCUAGCUUAAGAGAAACACAAAAAUAUGCAUUUAAUGUAUAAAAUUCUGAGUUCAUAUCUAAUGUGCACUAUAUCAACAUGGGGAGGGAUUCAUACCAAAUUACCACAAUGUGCUUAAGCGGUAUGUCUCAAAUGCGUACACUGCCAUUUUUUGCUGUUUAUUUUCUAUGUGAAUUUAUGUUAAUAGCAAUGUGAAUGUAAAUAUGUUUAUAAGAAAUUCUAGAAUCAACAGCAUGAAAACGAGUCUGUGGAAAAAACAACAUUGUCUCAGUAUUGUGGAUUAUUUUUGUGUUUGUCUGUGUUAUUAAAGUAUA